GGCUGCCGCUGCCCUGCCGGGAAGCGUGGCUGGUGGGAGGCGGUGGAUCGCUGGUUCUUUUGCCGGCGUUUUCGUCCGCGGGGGCUGCCAGCAUGAGGUUGAAUCAGAACACCCUGCUGCUGGGGAAGAAGGUGGUCUUGGUACCCUACACCUCAGAGCAUGUUCCUAGGUACCACGAGUGGAUGAAAUCUGAGGAGCUGCAGCGUUUGACAGCCUCAGAGCCCCUGACCCUGGAGCAGGAGUAUGCCAUGCAGCACAGCUGGCGUGAAGACCAGGACAAGUGCACCUUCAUUGUGCUGGAUGCAGAGAAGUGGCAGGCCCAGCCAGGCACCACUGAAGAGAGCUGCAUGGCAGGAGAUGUGAACCUCUUCCUCACAGAUCUCCAAGACCCCACCUUGGGGGAGAUUGAGGUCAUGAUUGCAGAGCCCAGCUGCAGAGGCAGGGGCUUCGGCACGGAGGCGGUCCUCAUGAUGAUGUCGUACGGAGUGACCAAGUUAGGUUUGACCAAGUUUGAGGCCAAAAUCGGGCAAGAAAAUGAGCCAAGCAUCCGGAUGUUCCAGAAGCUUCACUUUGAGCAGGUGGCUGUGAGCAGUAUCUUCCAGGAGGUGACACUCAGACUGACAGUGAGCCAGGCCGAGCGGCAGUGGCUUCUGGAGCAGACCAGCCACAUGGAAGAGCAGCUGUACCGAGAAGGGUCUGCAGAGCCCUGCUGAGGCCAGGCCUCCUGGGCAGCGCAUGUGAGCAGGGAUGCUGGGGCUGCAUGUACUGAAGACCAAAGCCCUGCCACAGAGGGGAAGCUGACAACCUCAGGCCAGAGGCUCUGGCCCUGCCUCAGGCUUUGGGCACUGGCUGGAUUUGCCUCAGUGUCUGUCCUUUCCCCUCCUGGCCAAACCUGGAUGCAGACUCUAGGAACCUGGAGAGGACGCAGGGGAGAGGUCAGGGUGGAGGUGGGAAUGGAAGGGACAGGUCUUUCUGCCUGGAGACCAGAGGCACCUCUUUGGCUGUGUGGGGGGCAGGGGUAGCUCAGCCCUCUGCUGUCCUGCAGUAGGGGUGCUGUGACCCCAGAGCUGGACCCACAGGCUCAGAAAGGGAGUGCCUUCAGCCCCAAACCCUGCUGAGAGCCAAGAUGGCCAGAUAGUGGCUGGCCCUCCCUCAACUCCAGGGGUCCCACUGGUGUCCUGCCCUGUACUGUCGUCCAUUCUUGAGUGGUUUCCCUAUCGGUUGGGUGGAGUGUACUAGCCUGGGGACAAUGACCUAAUGUCCUUGCCCCUGCUUUCUCUUUGGAGCUCCUCUUAAGCCAAGCAUUAAGUUUCAGACACAGCUUUUGUGGCCCCCUCCCACCCCUAACCCUGGGGACUCCUGCUCAGCUGCUGGCUCUGCAGAGGGAGGCAGGAGACCUUGGGCCCCAGUGCCACAGUAAUGCCCUCCUGGAGGGCUUCAGGCUGCCCUGCCCCUAUUGCUCCUCCCCUCCACCUCUGGGACGGCACCUGACCAGGCCAGGAGGGGGCAGCAUAGGCACAGGUUCCUGGGGCCAGGCUGCCUGGCAAGAGGCAGGUCUCCCCCUUUCUCAUCAUCUGGGAUGCACUGCCAUGUUUUCUAAACACAGCUCCUUCCAUCUGGUUAUUUCACCUCAGACUGCAUUCAAGACUAGAACCAAAAAAAAAACCAAAACUGCUCUCCAUGGCUCCCUGUGUUCUAGCUCAGGGCAAUGGGAGGGCCCUGAGCCACCGUCUUCAGCUUAAUGCAAGGUCUCCCAGGGCUUGCCCUCCCAGCAGCCCAGUAGGGAGGACGCCUGCACAGCCCUGCGGCCACUCCCGAGGCCUGCUCCCUGCUCCCGCGGGCCUCAGUGGAGCAGGGGUGGGGGAGCACAGCACACUGGGGCGGAGACGGCCAGAUAGCAGCUGGCCCUUUCCUCAACUUCAAGUGCUCCAUGGUGUCCUCCAUGAGGGUCCUAUCUUCCGUCCCUGAGGGCUUUCCCUGUGGGUUGUGUGGAGUGAAAGUAGCUUGGGGAUUUUUCUUCUGAGCACUUGCCCUGGAAUCUUCUGGCACUACAGUCUUAGGAAUAAGGGACCUGGGUCUCCAGGAGCGGCAGGGCAUCUCACCCUUGCAAAGUCCCCUCCACCUUGCCUCACCCUGCUGCCUGUCCUGGGGCCCAGCAGACUGGUCUGUUUGCCCCUCGUGCUGGACAACUGCCCUCCAAUCAGGUUGGCAGCCAGAUAAGAGUGUCUGGCGCCAGCUUAGCCCGCUCCUGAGAACCCACACCUGCUGACCGGGCUGAGUCCUUGUACUCCCAUCCAGCCCCAUCCUGGGACUCACACUUGCACAGGUCCUGAAUUAGAGGGACCUCAGCCCACACCUCCCACUUUCUCCAUUGCAUGGACCCGUCGCAUGUCAGUUGUGGCCCUGCCGGCGCGCACACCCACCAGCUGACGGUGCUGAUGGGGCCUGUCCCACAGGGCUCCCGCAUGCCUAGGCUUGGGGUCAUGGGGAGCCCUAGUGAGUCCUCCCUCCAGUUGUACCCGAUCCUCUCAGCUAUAGGCUACUCCGGGGGAACUGGCUUGCCAAUUCUCUUCCCCCUGGAAGGGCUGUGAGGCCGGAGGACUGAGUUCCAGAGGCAGACAUGGACGCUGAAGUGGUUUGGAGGGACUAGCUAGAUUUCUGAAGGCGUUUCCCUAUGUGAUGCCUGGCUCAGGGGGACAGGGUGCAGCCAGGUCCUCCCCACACUGCCCAGGUCUCAAGAGUAGGAGGAGAAAUAAAAGUUUAAGGCGAGGCUGGUAGAUGUGACAACCAGGGAAAUCAUGUUAAUCAUAGAACCUCCCCCCCCCCAUACUGCACUCUUAAAAACAAACCGAG